UGUAAUUGUCAAAUAUCAGGUGCUAACGCUAUGAUAACGUAAAAAACCUGGGAAAAGCAUAAAUUACGAAAUUUUUCGCUAAAAAAAUGUUCUUUGCAAGUUAUUACCAACCAUUAGAGAUAUAGUUGUUUGCUUAUCUACAACCUGAUCUAUUAAAGUUACCAUAACCUAAAAUUAUAAUUGUGAAAAAAAUAAAAAUGGGAUAUAAAGCAGCCGUGCAGGUUUUGAAGCAAGCCGAUGAUUUGAAGGAGAAAGUGGCGAGAAAAAGCGAUCUGUUGAAUGAUUCCGAUGCAUGGACUAAUCAGCAAAAGCUGCAAACAAUAUAUCAUCAGGUCUUGGUUCUGGAUUUAGAGUAUGCUUUGGAUAGAAAGGUCGAACAAGAUUUGUGGAAUAUAGGCUUCAAGAAUCACAUUUCGCACUUGCAAGAGUUAGCGCGCGACAAAAAGAAUCCCAAAAGGUCCGACUUCCAAGCUCUUCUAACUUGGGCACUCGAGUCGGCGUCUGGAUUUUAUCUUACGCUGCUGCAAGAGCUAUGUAAUUCGUUUGAUAUUGAAUUACCAUUCAGACAAAGGGGUAACAUAUAUGGUCAGGCAGUUACUAUCCUAGAACAGACACAUAUUCCCCAGUUAGCAUCAUGUUCGUAUAUCUGUCAGUACUGUUUAGUGCAUUUGGGUGAUAUUGCUAGAUAUAGAAAUCAGAGGAGAGAGGCUGAAAGUUUUUAUAAGCAAGCAAUACUGGUGUCUCCUAUAAGUGGUCACCCAUAUAAUCAACUAGCUCUCUUGGAAGCAAGUCAAGGUGACAAACUCUCCACUGUCUUUUAUUACAUUAGAGGCAUUUGUGUGAAAAACCCUUUUCCUGCUUCUACAACAAAUCUGCUCAGUGUUUUAAAUUCUGCAAUUGAUAAGGAUUGUGCUUCAGAAAAGAUUCAAACCAAAAUGACAGUAAAUGAGUUUAUUCAACUUUUCCUUUGCACUCACGGCUAUUUCCAUACUGUAACUGAACUAAAAAAAGGACAGUUAACGGUGAAAAGCCUUAACUCUGUUAUGACAGCAUUAGUAGCUACCCAAAGUUUUAAAAUGGAGGAACUGGUUAAAAUUACUAUAAUAAAUUUGUACGCGUUGAAGCAUUUGGGAAAGUUGGAAGAGUUAACUCAAAAUGAACUCCUUGUCCGGGAUUUAAUAUUGGAGCUCAUUGCUGGCAGUCUAAGUGCAUUUCUAAUGCCAGUUUAUACUUUAAAAAUGGAUGAUAGCCUUCUGGCAUAUUACGCUCUUCCUGCAGUAAAAUUCCUUAUGUACUUCAUUCAAAAUAAACCGGACGUGUUGAAAUGCAAAGUUUUUAAAGAGCGGAUGCAGAUAUGGCCAAGUUUAUGCAAAAUCGUUAAUUCCGCUCAAAUUAAUUUGAAAGGUUUUAACUAUAGCAUUUAUUCAAAGUCUCCCAUUAGGGAGGAUAAAAGUCUCGAGGGUUUCUUACCGUUGGCGAGAAAUUUUAUGGAAUUCAACUUCAAGGAGGAAAUUGAAGAUAAAAAAAUUGAAGAUAUGGUUAGAAUGAAAAGGAUCAUUAAUUUUGCGAUUUGGUUGAGUGAUUUUGAUGUAGACGGCGCCAAAUUGAUUACAAGAAGCGAGAGUAAUGGAAUAUAUGAUUUUGAGCCAGUUUUGUCUCAACCGGAUCCCACAAAUGACCUCUUGGAAGUGAUGAAAUCGUUCACUAUUAGCGGCGUAUCCGAAACUAAUAAGGCUUCUGCUCUGGAAAAGAAAGCGGGCAUUUUAAAGCCACAAGGAUCCCUCGAACGGGCGAGGGAAGAGAGAGAGGUUAAAAAAUCCGAGAUGACUUUGCCGGAUGUUCAAAAAAUCAGUGACUCGACGAAAACGAAACGAACUAAGCAGAAUGUCGCGUUGCAAAGCAUAUUCAAGAAAAUCGAAGAAAAUAAGCAGGUAAAAUUCAACGUGGAAGAACCGGAUGAUAAGGAAAAGACGGUAAAAUUCGACACGCCUCCGCUAAAGCAGCCAAUAAUACCUCCGCCUCCAAGUAAUCAAUUCGGCAACGCUCCUCCCCCGCUCAGAACCCAAUCGUUUAACCAAAAUCACCCGGCGUUUCCGCACCAGUCCCUGGUUCCUCCCCAGCAGCAGCCGCAACAACCGCCCCCUCAAUCCGACUACCUUACCAGUUUGCGAAACUUAAGCAAAGGGGAGCCGCCCCAGCUGAUGCCACAGUUCGGCAAGAACCCCGCGUUUUCCAACCUGACGGCGGCGUCGAAUCAACAAUCGGCAGCAGUGAACGUGCCUAACUAUCCGCCCCCUUUCAACGUUCCCCCGCCCCAAUUCAACAACUGGAGCAGGGAGGAAGUAAAAAUGGCCCCGCAGACGCAGUCUCAGGGCAACUGGUGGGGUCAAAGUCCGUCGCAGAGUGGGUUCGGCGCGCCGGCGGGUUUCACGGUUCAAAGUCAGAACUAUUCGGGGGCGGGGCAGAGUUUCGCCGCCGCUGGCCAGAAACAGGCUUCGAAUUUUCCGAACUAUCCCAACCAGAGCGUAGGGUUUCCCCCGCAGCGGCAGGAAGGUUUCGGGUUUAAUUACUCGUCGUUCGGGCCGCCCCCGUAUCAGAACGGCGGCGGUACGGUCGGGCAGUUCGACGUGUUUCCGCCCACCUGGAACAGGGGCAACUUUGCCGGCGACGCCGAGGGCGUCCAGUCGUCGAUGUCGAUGAGGCAGGCCAUGCUGAAGGAAGCCAAUUUGCCGGGAGGCAACCAGAGCAAUAUGGGGCGGAUGGUUCACACCCAGCAAAACAUGGCGCCACCGCAGGAUCAACAGACGCAAGGCUACUCGUUGUUCAACAAUAGCUGGACGCCAAAUCUUCCCAGCCAUCUUAGGAGCAAUAAAAACGUCGAGAAUGCGUACUACGAUCCCCAGCAUUCAUUGUUCGGCGGUUUCGGACCAAAAUCGCUGGCCCAGCUGCUGGAACAUCAGCAGAAUCAAAUGGGAAGCAACGGUAGUAAUACAAACAGAGGAGUCAACAAGCACGAGUCGUAACGUGCCGCUGCUACUUGCCAAGUUUCGUCCUCUAAGUGGAUAAGCUGUCGAGGGCUGUGCUGGGGUGCCUCUUAUUUUUACAGAUAUUUAAGGGUAAACGGCGAAAGGGCGGUCAGCGGCUGCAGCAUCUUGCUAGUGCAAUUUUAAGUUGCAAUGCAGGCUGUUUAAAUAUAAUCCUUGAUAAGAUCGCCUACGAAUGGGCAAAAAAAAAGCCUUUUUUGAGUUAAAUCGAAAGCGAAAUUUUUGUCAUACAUUGAGACUUGCGGCAGAAAGAAUUUUCACCUUCAUCGACGGACUUCCCCCCCCCCCCCCCCCGUCACCUUGGAUAAUCGAAAAUAUUAAAUGUGUAUCUUUAUGAGCAUAUACAAUUUUUUCCUUUAAAUUGGCAUUUGACACUUUUUAUUCAAUAACAAAUAUUUUUCAAAAAGUUUUGUUUUAAGUAUACUAGUUAACUUUUUCGAAUGCAUUAUUGUAAGGUGUAUUUCGAGAUAUCUUUUGGAAAUUCGGUGCAUAUCACGAUUUUUUUAAACACAGUUUCUCUGUGGGUUUUACUAAAAAAAAGCUUAAAUUAAUAAAAAAUGAGGUUGUGUAAGUUUCUUGUCGUUUGUAAAAUUUUGAUUUUAAGCUUUUUUGCGAGAUAUUUCUACUUAUCUGAUCCCGUGUUACGAUUAUAUGAACAAAAUAACACACAUUUAUAUCUUUUACAAAAUUUGCAUGUACGAAAAAUCUUAGCCCAAAUGACAUGUCACAAUUAAUCUGCUGCGAGAUAUUGAUAAUUGAUAUUGAUAAGGGUGACUUUUUGUAUGUUUCGUAUGGGCAUAUCGUAAACCAUAGCAGAUAUUAUAACGUUUAAAAUAGGCAUCAAGCAGCUAGAGUUUUUCGCUCAUACUAAAUUUUAUUUAUUUCUGCUUUCUUAUUUUUUUUUCUUUUGUUUAGAAAUAUUUUUACUUACUCUUUCGAAUCAAGAUAAUUCUUAAUGUACAUUUGUAAAUGGCGACGUUAGUUGGUCAUGUCAGGGUUUUGUUAUAUAAAAAAAUAAAUUAAUUAAAUUAAACGAUAUAGAACAUGGUUUACACGUGGAUUAUUUUGAAAAAAAAAAACAAUUGUUGAUCUGGUUAUCAUGGAAAACAGAUUAAAUCUUACAUAAAAUAAAUAGCAAUAUUAAUUUAUUUAGUUUUUAGAAAAGAUAAUUAAAUUUUAAUUUUAAAACUGAAUUGGUUGCUUUUCUUACAUCAAUAUUAUUAAAAGUCUCUUUUACAGCAGCUUGAAGUUUUUUUUUGUAGCAUAGGUUUAUUUGUAAACCUUGCCUUUUACAACUCGCCACAAAAAAAUUAGCGAUUUCUAAUUAGUUGAAAAUUAUAGGAUGAGGCCGCUAUCAUUUUGAUACCACUGUAAGUUUUAACGAGUGUGCAAAAUGUUAAACUACCUUCGAAAACAACUGGUUUAAGAAUUGUUGAGCCCACAACACUACACGAAAGGUUAAACCCGAACUUGAUUUGUGGUCUUCUUUGUUCGUUAUGACGUGGGUUGUCUUGCAACCAUAAAUGUUCAUUAUGACGAUUAAAAAUACCACAAUUGGCAAAUCUUGUUUCAUCUUUCCAUAAAAUCUUGAUCUAGUACAUAUUCCCAAGCCACUUACAAAAUUCAACACCUCUCUCAGCUAUCAACUUUUUCAAUAGACUAGGUUAACAAGGUUAAGCUAAAACGAAAAUUAAAAACAAAAACGCUCAUAAAAAUAUAUUUUUCAAAAUAACCCUAUCACCUGCUAUAUCGCUCAAAUUGUAAUAAGAUUCUCUAUUUAAUAAAGAAAAAAUUUAAUAGGGUUUCUACUUGAAAAAGCGUAAGUUUUUUUUCGUAUAUCCUAAAUGACGAGCGUGAGGAAAAAUAUUUUAUGUCAUUUUAUUAGGAAUAAAAUUUCUUAAAACUUUUGUAUUUAUAAUUUAUAGUUUUCAUAAGAUUCUGUUAAAUAUCUAUUUCCGGCUGUCAAAUCUUGAAAAACUUAAAAUGGUUUGAGUUAAACUUACAAAACUGCAAUUUUUUGCCCUUUUAAACUUUUCGUCCCUGCUAUAGUUUUCGAGGUCCCUGUACUAACCUUUAAAGAGAGCUCUUCAUGUAUAUUGAACACACUGCAUUCAAACGUAAAGUUACAUACAAUCCUUUUAUUUUAUUUGAUUAUGUUCCAUUUAACCCAAAGGAGAAAGAAGGGAGGAACGGCGUUGGAUGAAAACUUAGUUUUGGGAAUAUUGAAAUUGUGCCAUACCUUCACUUUUUUUUUCAAAUUUAUUCCCGAUCCUGCAGUCAAUAUGUCGUUUAACCUGCUUUACAGAUUUUGCCAUAUUUGAUUCGUUUUUGAACUAUAUUAAAUCGGGAAAAAUAUCUGCUAUUCAAUAAAGUUUGUUGAAAUGGAAUUUACUAACACCUUUCAAUUUUUGGGAUUAAAGUAAGUGCCAGUAUACUUCUUUUUAAAAAUAUUUCGUCCUGUCACUUCCGGUUCAACCGGAAGUUCCUAUAAAUUUCCUUUUUAUCACAUUUUGAGAUUCUGUGUGAAAUUCUAAACAUAUUUUAUGUAUAAAUGUCCUAUACCUAUGUCUAAUCUUGACUGUGGAAAAAUAACGGCUCAACUAACUUUUACCAUGCAUUUUUGGCAAAAUCUUAAACAAAAGGCUUAAGUUUAUGUUUUGUCGUUUACUUUUAUACAGGGUGUCCAAAGUUAGGCCGCAAACAUACCUAUUCUGAACCAGAUUGAACAUUUGGCCUUCACGUACUUGGAUACGGAAAAACAAUUGUUAUAUUCAAAUUAUACAAUACUAAUUAGUAGUUGUCAUAUUUGCCAACAAAACGAAGUAAUUGAUCUUCCACAGCCAAGUACGUGAAAGGAAAAUGUUUAACCAAACAAAUACUAGUCCACCAAAAAACCUAAUUUUUUCAAAUAAUGCAGUUUGAUAGAGAAAUAAGUUCUGAAUUUGAUAUCAUUUAAAGUUACAGGGUUGAAAAAAGCGGCGGCCUAAUUUUGAACACUCUGUAUAAAAAUAAACAACAAAAAAGUACACCUAAGCCCAUGGUUUAAGAUUGUGCCAAAUAUGAGGAUAAAAUAUGGUUAAGCCGGAGGUGCAAUUUUUUUUUCAAGUUAAACUAUUUCGAAAACGUAAAUACGUAAAAUAUGUUUAGAAUUUCAGACAGGAUUUCAAAAUGUAAUAAUAUAUAGAACGUUCCAUGCGAAAUAAGCAAGUUGACUGUAACUUCUGAUGGAAGCGGAAGUGGCAGAACAAUGAAACUUUUAAAAAAUUACACUUGUCACUUUUAAUGAACGGAUUGGGUGGAAAAACCCGUAUAAUCAUAUUUAAUUUCAUUCUAAUGCAGUAGUUUUUAGAAGUCAAAAGUUGAAUUACAGUAUCAAAAUACACAAUGCUUCUUAACAUGUCUGUGGCGUUUAUGGUGGAAGACCGCAUUUUGUUUCCCAGGAGAGUUUUAUCGCAAUUUCUUUGAGACCUAAAACAAAUUGUGUGUUUUUGCUAAAGUCUAUAAUUAAAUUUAAAAGAUUUUUAAUUUAGGCAACAAAUUUUCGCGUUCAAAUGUUUUCACUCGAUCAUUGUGUAAAUGUGCGUAAAAAUUGUGGCAAUUUUUUUAUUAUUUUUAUUAAGAUUGUUGUCUCAAACCUGUAGGGAUGUUUAUAUUAAUAUAAACUUUUGGAGUAAUACUUGGAAAAUAUUUUAUGGGGCAUCCAGAUCUAGAUUUGCCAAAUAAACUAUGGUCCUAAAUUUCUUUUGGAUAUUUCUGUAAAUUUGUAUGUAUGAAAUAAGCAAUUUCUUAAAUAAUAAGGAAUAUUUUUGUAUCGAUGCCUACCAUGAUAUUGUACAAUAAACAAAAGUCAUCGUUGACAAUUUGAGGUGAAUUUAUUAAUGUUUUUUUGAUAUUCUAAUUUGUUUUUUUUUGUACAAAUAAAUUGUAGCAUUUUUUGUUUUUUUUUUUGCAAGUAGCAGUUGGUGCUGAGUAAUUCAAAUGUACAGAUAGCCCUAGCUUGAGAAAUAAGCACCCAUAGCAGUUUAUUUCACAAUUUACAUCAAGUUACAUGUGAAAAACUAUUGUUAAAUUUACCAAGAAAUAAGUUUUUGCCUUUGUAAAAUUAUUUUAAUAUUUUUGUUUUUUUGUCUUUUUUAAUAUCUUACAAACAUACCGUAAAACAAAAUCAAAUGUUUAAGCCAUCACUAUUUUAACUUGAUGUUAUAAUGAACUAAUAAAAGUCAUUUGUUUUAAAUAUGUUAAAAUUCAAAUUGGCUCUUGAAUGAGUCUAGGGGAUAUUUUGUAAAUAAUUCUAAGCACUAGUUUUUGAAUUACAAAAAUGCCUUGAACUUCCUCAAAACAUUUGAAGUUGUACUUUUCGAAGUUGUUUUAACCAGUUUCAACAACAUCUAUAUAAUAAUUUGAAAACAUGAUCUAUUAAGACUUUUUAAAGAGCUAAGCUUUGUAGCAAAUUUUAUGUUAACAUUCUGAGUCAAACUAAAAUAAAUAUGGAGCAACAAUACCU